UGCAAUAAUAUAGUCAGCCAUUUUUUAUGUAAGGGGAUUUUUCUUAUUGGGGGGGUUGUUAAAAAAUAAAUAUAAGAGCGGCCAUCUUUGUUUCCCUGCCUUGUAGUGUAAAAUAUUCCAAAACGGCCCCCACUUUUUUCUGGUGUCGAUUUGAAUAUUAAAUAAAUAUCAUAAUUCCAGAGGAUUUCUGAUUUCGAGGACGGAGCCGAUGACAGGAAUAUAAUGUCCUCUCCUCUCCGGUCCUGUGAGGAAGACCAGGGCAUGUUGGUUAAUUCCAAGGGAGGAGAUUUUGAUGAAGAAGACGAGGACCACGGAGAUCUAGACGAGAACGCAAGCGACAUAAACUCGCCGGCGGCGCCUCGAGAAACUGCAACACUAGCCGCGCCAGUGGAGGAAGAAAGGGAAGCAUCAGACAGGGACAGUCUAGGGAGGAAGAAACGAGGUCCCAAGAAGAAGAAGGAGACAAAGAAGAAGGAGAAAGAGAAAGAAGGAAAACCAGUUAAAGCCAGAAAACGGAAAAAGAUUGAAAGUGAUGUAGAGAGAGACUCGGAGCGAGAGAGAGAUUAUGGCGAGAACUCCGACAGCGCAGCCAGUGACUUCACUGGCGAGAAAAAGAAGAAGAAGAAACACAAGGAGAAGAAGGAGAAGAAAACCAAAAAGAAGAAAAAAGACGAUGGGGACAGCACGCACGAGGAGACAACAAAGCCAAUAGAACAGAAGACGUCGGCCCAGCUGGCUAAGGACUGGGGUCUGGAGGAUGUGGAUCAUACAUUCACUGAAGACGAUUACCGCACACUCACCAACUACAAAGCCUUCAGCCAGUCCAUGAGGCCCAUGAUAGCCAAGAAGAACCCUAAGAUCCCCAUGUCUAAAAUGAUGACCAUCCUGGGGGUCAAGUGGAGGGAGUUCAGCUCCAACAACCCCUUCAAGGGCUCCGGUGCUGCAGCUGUGGCAGCUGCAGCAGCCGCCGCCGCCAUCGCCGUCGCCGAGCAGGUCUCCGCGGCAACCCCAUCCCCGGAGCCACCUCCCCCCCGGAAGCAGCCCCAACCCCCACGGCCGCCCCCCCAGCCGCCACCCCCGCCUCCCCCGCUCCGCAAGGCCAAGACCAAAGAGGGCAAAGGCCCUGGGUAUAAGAAGAGUCGCAGUAAGAGUCCACGUGUUCUGGCUGAGAGGAAGAAGGCGGUGGCAGCAGCAGUAGCGGCUUCAGUAGCUAAAGCCAAGAAGAUGGCCCCCAUACGCAUCAAACUGGGGGCCCUAGGCAACAAGAGGAAGAAGAGCAGCUCUAGUGGAGAUGAUGUUGAUGAGGAGGACUCGGAGCAGGAGGACUCCAGUGUCCACAGCUCCUCGGUCCGCUCCGACAGCUCCCCACGGGUCAAGAAGAACAAGAGAGGACGUCCGGCCAAGAAGAAGAAGAAAAUGCUGGAUGAGGGUGAGGGGGAGGAGGACGGUUAUGAGACAGACCACCAGGACUACUGUGAGGUGUGCCAGCAGGGAGGGGAGAUCAUUCUGUGUGACACCUGUCCCAGGGCCUACCACCUGGUCUGUCUGGAGCCUGAGCUGGAGAAGGCCCCUGAGGGCAAGUGGAGUUGCCCCCACUGUGAGAAAGAAGGGAUCCAGUGGGAAGCGAAGGAUGAGGACUUUGAGGAGUUUGAGGAGGAGAGUGAGGACAUGGUGGUACCAGAGGUACCUGGGGUUGGACUGCUGGUAGGACUGGAGGAAGAGGAGGAUGACCACAUGGAGUUCUGCAGGGUCUGUAAGGAUGGGGGGGAGCUAUUAUGCUGCGACACCUGUCCCUCCUCCUACCACAUCCACUGCCUCAACCCGCCCCUGCCUGAGAUCCCCAACGGAGAGUGGCUGUGUCCACGCUGCACCUGUCCUGCUAUCAAGGGCAGGGUACAGAGGAUCCUCCACUGGCGAUGGGGCGAGCCCCCCGAUCCUGUACCCGUGCCCCCCACCCCCGAUACCCCUCCUGAUGCUCCCCCGCCACCCCCCAUGAAGGGCAGGGCUGAGAGGGAGUUCUUUGUCAAGCUGACCGGACAGUCCUACUGGCACUGUACCUGGAUCACUGAACUACAGCUGGAGAUCUUCCACUCGGUGAUGUUCCGUAACUACCAGAGAAAGACAGAUAUGGAUGAGCCUCCCAGUCUGGACUAUGGGUCGGGGGGAGAGGAGGAGAGUGUUAAGAGUGAGAAGAGGAGGCUGAAAGACCCAGACUACGCUGCCCUGGAUGACAAGUUCUAUAAAUACGGCAUCAAGCCUGAAUGGAUGAUGGUCCACCGCAUCAUCAACCACAGUAUGGACAAGAAAGGGAUAUACCACUACCUGGUCAAGUGGAGAGACCUGACCUACGACCAGUGCACAUGGGAGAGAGACGAUCUGGAGAUGCCAGAGUUUGUCAUCCACAGGGCCAACUACUGGGCACACAGGGAUGAGGUGAUGAAGGAGGCCCCAGACAUGCCGAGGAGGAUGAGGAGCAUGAGGAUGGAAGAGAGCGAAGACCCCCACAGAUCACCUGUCAACGACCCUACGAUAAAGUACGAGGAGCAGCCGGACUUUGUGACGGCGACGGGGGGCACUCUGCACCUGUACCAGCUGGAGGGGCUCAACUGGCUGCGUUUCAGCUGGGCACAGGGCACUGACACCAUCCUGGCAGACGAGAUGGGGCUGGGCAAGACCAUCCAGACCAUCGUCUUCCUCUACUCACUCUUCAAAGAGGGCCACACUAGGGGCCCGUUCCUGGUGAGCGCCCCCCUCUCCACCAUCAUUAACUGGGAGAGAGAGUUUGAGAUGUGGGCCCCUGACUUCUACGUGGUGACCUACACAGGGGACAAGGACAGCAGAGCCAUCAUCAGAGAGAACGAGCUGACCUUCGACGACGCGGCCGUACGGGGAGGGAAGAAAGCCUUCAAACUGAGGAGAGAAGCCCCUAUAAAGUUCCAUGUCCUAUUGACCUCCUAUGAGCUGGUGACGAUAGACCAGACCUCCCUGAAGUCUAUAGACUGGGCCUGUCUAGUGGUGGACGAGGCCCACCGCCUCAAGAACAACCAGAGCAAGUUCUUCAGACGUCUGAAUGACUAUAAGAUUGACCACAAGCUGCUGCUGACUGGUACUCCUCUACAGAACAACCUGGAGGAGCUGUUCCACCUGCUCAACUUCCUCACUCCCAACCGCUUCAAUAAUCUGGAGGGGUUCCUGGAGGAGUUUGCAGACAUCUCCAAGGAGGACCAGAUCCAGAAGCUUCACGACCUGCUGGGUCCCCACAUGUUGAGGAGGCUGAAGGCUGACGUCUUCAAGAACAUGCCGGCCAAGACUGAGCUCAUCGUACGAGUGGAACUCAGCCCCAUGCAGAAGAAAUACUACAAGUUGAUUCUGACGAGGAACUUUGAGGCUCUCAACUCUAAAGGAGGAGGUAACCAGGUGUCUCUACUCAACAUCAUGAUGGACCUGAAGAAGUGUGCCAACCACCCCUACCUCUUCCCUGUCGCCUCCAUGGAAGCCCGUAAGACGGCAAGCGGAGCUUACGAGGGCACGGACCUCACAAAGGCUUCUGGGAAACUGACUCUGCUGCAGAAGAUGAUGAGGAAACUGAAGGACCAGGGACACCGGGUGCUGGUCUUCUCACAGAUGACUAAGAUGUUGGACCUGUUGGAGGACUUCCUGGACUUUGAGGGUUAUAAGUACGAGAGGAUCGAUGGAGGAAUCACAGGAGCUCUGAGACAGGAGGCCAUAGACAGGUUCAAUGCUCCUGGUGCUCCUCAGUUCUGUUUCCUGCUGUCCACCAGGGCAGGGGGUCUGGGGAUUAACCUGGCUACAGCAGACACUGUUGUCAUCUUCGACUCAGACUGGAACCCCCACAAUGACAUCCAGGCGUUCAGUCGUGCCCACCGCAUCGGGCAGGCCAACAAGGUGAUGAUAUAUCGCUUCGUGACCCGUGCCAGUGUGGAGGAGCGCAUCACCCAGGUGGCCAAGAGGAAGAUGAUGUUGACCCACCUAGUGGUGAGGCCCGGCCUGGGCUCCAAGGCUGGAUCCAUGUCCAAACAGGAACUGGACGACAUCCUCAAGUUCGGCACCGAGGAACUCUUCAAGGACGAGAUCGAAUCGGGGGACAACAGGGACGAUGAGGGCAGUGUGAUCCACUACGACAGCUCAGCCAUCGAGAGACUGCUGGACCGGAGCCAGGACGCUACGGACGACACAGACAUGCAGAACAUGAACGAAUACCUCAGCUCCUUCAAAGUGGCCCGUUACAUGGUCCGAGAGGAGGAUAAGAUUGAGGAGGUGGAGCGUGAGAUCAUUAAGCAGGAGGAGUGUGUAGAUCCAGAAUACUGGGAGAAGCUGCUGAGACACCACUAUGAGCAGCAGCAGGAGGACCUGGCCAGUAAACUGGGGAAGGGCAAGAGGAACCGCAAGCCUGUCAACUACAACGACGCAGCACAGGAGGACCAAGAGUGGCAUGCUGGUAUUUCAGAUAACCAGUCCGAGUACUCUGUGGGCUCCGAGGAGGAGGAUGAAGACUUUGACGAGAGGCCAGAAGGUUCUCGCCGACAGUCCCGUCGCCAGAUGAGGAACGAGAGAGACAAGCCACUUCCCCCCCUGUUGGCCAGAGUAGGGGGCAACUUGGAGGUGUUGGGCUUCAACACGCGCCAGCGGAAAGCCUUCCUAAACGCGGUGAUGCGUUGGGGCAUGCCCGCCCAGGACGCCUUCUCCUGCCAGUGGCUGGUCAGAGACCUGAGGGGCAAGAGUGAGAAGGAGUUCAAGGCGUAUGUGUCUCUGUUCAUGCGUCACCUGUGUGAGCCCGUGGCCGACGGUGCUGAGACAUUUGCAGACGGCGUGCCAAGGGAGGGCCUGUGCCGGCAGCCCGUGCUCACCCGCAUCGGGGUCAUGUCUCUGGUCAAGAAGAAGAUCCAGGAGUUUGAGCACAUCAACGGGCGGUGGAGUCUCCCAGAGAUGAAGCCAGAGAUGAAGCCAGAGGCCCUGAGACCAGAGGUCAGUGUGUCUUCUUCUUCCAGAGCCUCCUCCCCUGGGGGGACCAUGAAGACCGCUACGCCCACCUCUGACCCCAGCUGUACCUCAGACAACACCCCCUGCACCUCCAAACCAGCUACCCCUGCUCCCUCAGACAAACUAGAGAAGAAUGGGAAAGAUGGAGAGAAGGAGGGAGACAAGGGGAAGGAGGUAGAGAGCAACAACAGUGCAGACCAUGAAGAGCCUCUAAUCCCUACCAAAGAAGCUCUACAAGAAUUAUCCCCUAACACAACAACAGACAAGGAAGUAAGUGCUACAAAAGAGGAGGAGGGGAAAGUUGAAGAGGAGAGUAAGGAGAAGGGGUCCUCCGGAGAAACAACUAAACAAGGGUCGGAGGUCAAAGAUGAGAAACCAGGUAGUGUAACACUCUCACCUGGAGAGAAGGUGGAGGUGGAGAAGGACAACAACAAGGACAAGACGACGGACAUGGAGAAGGAGAAGAGUGAGGAGGCCCCUGUCCCCACAGAAGGGACAGACCACAUGGAAAAGAUGGAGCGACAGCAACCCUCUGACGUGAUGAAAGAGGAAGUAAAAGGUGAGAAGGAUGCUGGGAAAGAAAUGGCGAAGGAGGAGGUUGCCAAAGACACCUUGCCGAAACCACCCAUCACCCCCCCCGAGCGACGGCGCUUCAUGUUCAACAUCGCUGAUGGGGGCUUCACAGAGUUGCAUACGCUGUGGCAGAAUGAGGAGCGGGCGGCCAUCUCCUCUGGGAAGAUAAAUGAGAUCUGGCACCGGCGGCACGACUUCUGGCUGCUGACGGGAAUCGUACUUCAUGGCUACGCACGGUGGCAGGACAUCCAGAACGAUCCCCAGUUCUCCAUCGUCAACGAGCCCUUCAAGUCGCAGGCCAACAAGGGCAACUUCCUUGAGAUGAAGAACAAGUUCCUGGCCCGCCGCUUCAAGUUAUUAGAGCAGGCCCUGGUGAUAGAGGAACAACUGAGACGGGCAGCCUACCUGAAUAUGACCCAGGACCCAGUCCACCCCGCAAUGGCCCUGAACGCCCGUUUUGCCGAGGUGGAGUGUCUGGCCGAGUCGCACCAACACCUCAGCAAGGAGUCCCUGGCCGGGAAUAAACCGGCCAACGCCGUGCUGCACAAGGUGCUGAACCAGUUGGAGGAGCUGCUGAGCGACAUGAAGGCUGACGUGACGCGGCUCCCCGCCACGCUGUCCCGGGUCCCGCCCAUCGCCGCACGCCUGCAGAUGUCAGAGAGGAGCAUCCUCAGCAGGCUGGCCAGCAAGGGCACCGACACACACCCGCCCCCGAGCAUCCCCCCAGGACCCUACGCCACUCCUCAGAACUUUGGGCCCCCCUUCACCCCCACCCCCCCGGGAGUCUUACCCAUGGGAGGAGCCAACUACAGCCUGAUGCCUCCUGGAUCCUUCGUAUCAAAAGCCCCAGAAGCCCCGGGUGGCGGCGGCGCUGGCUUCCUGAAGACUAAGGAGCACGACAUCAUGCAGCGGCAGCGCGUGGUCGACCUGUGGAAGGAUGGCAAGUCGGAGGGGUCCAUCGGGCAGGAGCUGAGGAUGCCUAAGUCCACGGUGCACAGCAUCAUCGUCAAGUACCGCCUCAGUAACACUGUGGAGAACCUGCCCCGCAAUGGACGGCCCAAGAAACCCUAAGGAUGGAGGGAUGGAGAGACACAGAGAAAGACAUCAUCCAAACUAAGGAGAGGAGAGGAGAAGAGACAGCACUUUGAAGUAAAGCAUGGAUGAUGGAUAGUGAGAGGGAGAGAGAGAUAAAGAAAGAGGGAAGAUGGUAGUCUUGGAGAGAGAGAGAGAGAGAGAGAGAGAGAGAGAGAGAGAGAGAGAGAGAGAGAGAGAAAGAGAGAGGGAAUCCAAAAGGUACUUCUUUGAAGUAAAACAUGGACAGUGCAUGGUGAUAGGAUGUGAAUUGUCUGGCCAAAAAAUAGAGGGAGAAAUAGGGGAGGAAAGAAGGAAAGAGGCCUGAAAGCUGACUCUGGGGAGGAAGUGUUGGCGGAGAGAAAAAGGCACUGAGAAAAAAACGAGAGCGUAUGUUAAUGUAAUCAACAGAGAAUGUAGGUAUGAGCAGCUGAAAGAGAGAAGAACUCAAAGAGAUGGGAGAAUUGAGCUUUUUCAUCCUUCCUUCCCUGUUUCAGACAAAUCUACUGGCCCGUUUCUCUCCCUUCUUUCUCCUGUUCUGCUCCCGACCCCGGCCGCAAUGUUUUCCCUCCGGAAUCAUUCUUUAUCCGACGGCUGAGUGAACGAGUCUGACCCUGCCCUCCUUCAUUCUUCCGCAAUUCCUCUCUGAGUCCUGCACACCUCCUCAUCCCCCUCUCCCUCACACACACUCACACACACACUCACAAAUACUGCAGACCUCACACACAACAUGACCUAAACCUAUUAAGACGACUCUCUCUUUCCGUAGCUACCCUCCUCUGUUCAAUACAAGAUACUGGGAUGCAAAUGCAAGCCAAAGUGGACAAUCCUGGAGUUUCUCAUUUCAACAAACAACAACAAAAAGAACAAGAAAAAAGAGCGGGAGAAAUGAAUGACUUCUAAGUAUAACACACUCCUUUCCCUGGACUUUCUCACCCCUCGGCAUUCCAACCCCGAGACAACCAUAAAGGAGCAUAGAUGUAGAGACAAAAACAACUUCCUGUUUUUAUAUUGUUGUCGUUGUAUUGAACAAAUCAACAUCUGAUGUUGAGAGUACAGUGCCCAAUAGGAAGAGAGCUUGGUGUAGAGACAUGUAAUCUUUGUACUGUAUUGGCCAAUCAUACUUACUGUAGCACCUUUAUAUGAGGUCACUUUAUCUUGGUUGGGAUGAGGAUGUAGUGUACACUCUUAGAAAAAAGGGUUCCACAAGGGUUCUUCGGCUGUCCCCAUAGGAG